AUGGGUCUUCUUAGAGAUGAGCAAGUUGCCAGCGAGGCUGUCCUGAGGGUGCCUGUGUCCAAUGCACCCGAGUCAGAGCAUGCAUGCGGCAAAAGACCCCUUUUUGAGGGAGGAUCUCAGUAUUCCAGGAUCAUAGAGGGGAUGGAGGCUGAGGAGGGCGAGUUCCCGUGGAUGGUGAGUAUUCAGACAGGAAAUGAACAUUUCUGUGGCGGCACGAUCAUCAACAAUUGGUGGAUUGUCACUGCGGCUCACUGCUUAUCAAAUGAGGAAGUGAAUCCCAUAGACCUGAGCGUUGUGCUGGGAACCAACGACUUGCAAAGCCCCUCCCUGGAAGUGAAGGGGGUCACCAGCAUAGUGAUUCACAAGGACUUCGAAAGGUUCACCAUGGACAACGACAUCGCCUUGCUGUUGUUGAACACAGAGAUCAGGUUCAGCGGCCUGAAGGAGCCCAUCUGCAUGCCCAGGCAGCCCGGCCCCGCCAAGUGGAGCAAAUGCUGGGUGGCAGGAUGGGGGCAGACCAAACCUGGUGACAAACACUCUGAGACCACUGACCUGAUGAAAGUGCCAAUGGUCAUCAUGGAUCGGAGGGAAUGUACAAAGGUUUUUCCAAAGCUUACCAAAAACAUGCUGUGCGCUGGGUAUGAGAAUAAGAGCUACGAUUCCUGCCAGGGUGACAGUGGAGGGCCUCUGGUCUGCACCACAGAAUCGGACAGGAAGUGGUACCAGGUGGGCAUCAUCAGCUGGGGAAGGAGCUGUGGACGGAAGAACAUUCCAGGAAUUUACACCUUGUUAGAUAAUUAUAGUCCCUGGAUCAAGAAGGUGACGGAGGUGGAGGGAAGGCCCUAUGUCUCUGAGAAAAUGAGAACUGAAGAGGUGAGCGCUCCUUCCCCAGAGAUACUGAUGAGAUCCAAGGCCUCAGAAUUCCCAGAGCCAGGUGGCCCCAGACUCUGGCUCCUGCCCUGUCUUCUGUCCUACAUGCUGUUCUAAGCCAUUUUCUACUGGUGAUAAAACAAGUGCUAUUCCGUAACCAAGGAGGGUGUGUGAGAAUGUGUUUGAAUGAUUAUAGCCAUGUGGCUACAUUGGGGAGAAGCGAGUAGUGAGGUGGAGAGAACAGAUGUUGACAGGGACUGUUUCUCAAAAGGGCUUCCAAGUGGAGGCCACAAUGACCCCAGUCCCUCCAGUUUGCAUCCUACCAGCUAAGCAGCCUCAGUGGAAACAGCACCUUGUUCCCAACAAUUCCAGUAAGUCUGUGGUCUAACUCUUGUGACUCAGAAGCCCCACAAAUGACCCGAAAGCUUCUACAUCUGCCUGGAAGCGGACUCCUAUCUCUUGUAGCCACAGGGCUGAAAUGGCCAGAAAUCAAACUCACAACC